UCAGAAUCCUGGUUUUGUCACAUGACCUAAAGUCCUAGCCAGGUUCCAGGACAGGUAAACCUGAGAGGUGUUAAAUUUAUCUCCUUUCUGUUAAAGGAAGUGCAAAGAAUUCCAAGUAGACCGUCCAACCAGAUGAAUUCAUCAACCGCACAUGUGAUUCGAUGUUUGCAGCAGAUACACAAGGUAAUCGGGAAGGCCAAUGAAAUUCUUGCAGGCAUCAGCCAGCCAUCUGUCUGUAGAGAGGUGUUGCUUUCUACUCCUGGAACAGCCUACAUUUGGGGAUUGUCCGAGAUCUAUCAGAUCUCCAAGCGCUUGGGAGACGCCGUGAGCGCUCGGAAAUUGACAAGCGAGCUGCUCUUGCAAACAUUGCGCGAAGUGGAUUUGGCUUGGAAUAACCUCUUGUCUUUUCUCGUGGUUGGUCGUUCUGUGUUCCAGACGUUG